AUGGAACAUUUCAAACUACUCCUACGCACAACGUCGAGUAAACUUGAAUUUAAACAUAAAAAAUCAAGGCUCAUGUCCACCAAUAUGAUUCAAACAGACAUUUUGGAGAGACUAAGGACAUUGGCAAAUGAACCAAAUGACUCGAGGAACUUUGAGAGAGGACUGGACCUGCUCAAGAUGAAAUUGGCUCAAAUAGUGAGAAGUGAUCGUAUUGCUGAUGUUUGGGAGGAUCUUGUCGGAGAACUGGCCUAUCUAGAAGGUAAUACCAGUGUCUUGGUUUCGAUGAUGGAGAAACAGAAGGUUAUCAACAUGGCACGGACCCCGCAGGAGGGAUGGUUUACAAGGAAGGAGCCGCAGAUAGUUGAUGAUCAACCAGUGGAUAGGAUUUCCAAAGUUAUCAGGAAUGUGAUUGUUGCUCAAGAGUACCUUGGAGACGAAAUCAAAGAGCUCAAGAAAUUGUCGAUGGCGUUAUCACGGUGCAUCAAUAAAGACUGGGUUCUCAAACACGAGAUUGGAGAUGAUUUGGAAGACAAAAUUUACAUUGAAAUUACUCGAAAGUUACGUGGAGAAGAUGAGUCCACUGUGGUAGAGGACUAUUUGAAAGAGUUGACUGAUAUCUACAAAAUAGACCUAUUCAAUGAGGGGAAGUAUCCUGGCGAAGAGCAAGCUGAAACAGAGAGAAAAACAAUUUCGACUGGUCUUUCCUCUGUUCCCAAACUUGACGAUUUGGAUGACUUGAAGAGCAGAUUUGAGGCUCUUAAAAAAUAG